CUUAGGUAUAAGGCUCAGUUACACCUGCUGCUGCUCCGUUAGUUCAGAGGAGACCAGGUGGUAGUUCACUUGGUGUUGGCUUGGCACUGGAAGAAGAAACAAAGAGAGAUGGCUGCUACCACAGCUCAGUCGGGGACGCUGCCCAGUGGAAUGGGAAUAUGCACCACAGUCCCGGAUAUACUAUAUCUGCCUGAACUGGUCUUUGGAGGUUUGGUGUGGAUUCUGGUGGCGUCGAACCAUGUGCAACCACAAAACCCUUUGGGGUGGGUGAUGUUUGUCUCUGUCUUCUGCUUCGUCAUGACCUUCCUGUGGAUGAUCUUGUUUGCUGCUGGCUGUCACAAGAACAGUUCUGGCUGGGCUGCUGCUGACUUUGUCUACCAUGGACUGGCAGUGCUCUUCUAUCUCAGUGCAGGGGUUGAUUUGGCUUUCAUUACCUUGGUGCUCAAAGAAACAUUGGGUUUACAAUUCUACCAGAUUAAUGUUGCAGCAGUGGUGUUUGCCUUUGUGGCCACACUCCUCUACUUUAUCCACGCCAUCCUCUCUGCCAUCCGAUGGAAAUACUUCUGAGGAGCGAAGGGCUAACCUGCAAGAAGUACAGAUCAUCAUCGCAGUCAUCGUCUAUGUUCACCCUUGCAUGCACAUACACAGAAACGUUUAUUUUCACAAUGCAUUCACAUAUGGGUGGACACAAAAACCAACAUUAAGUUCAGUCAAAUUCAAAUCUUUUUAUUCCUGCCUUAUAGUCUUUUCUCAUUUAAAAUGUUGUCAUCAGCUCACAAGUUCACAGGCUCAUAAAAAGCUUUUGAUCCCCAUUCUGUUGUGUUACAAAGCAUUUUGUUGUUUGGUUUGAGGCUUCCUGAACUUGAGCACCAAGCAGUUUAGAGCAGUGGAAAUAGGGUAUAGAAAUGAAGACUUAAUAUGUAGAGAUGUCUUUUUGUAUGUGAUCAGGCAAAUACUGUAUAUAGUUUAAAACUAGAAAAUGUCAGUUUGGAAAAUGAAACUUCUAUAAUUGUAUUAUCUAUGAAAAUCUUAAUAAAAUAUCUAAAAGGGC